AUAUUUCAGGCUGCAGACGAGAUGUCGAGCCUCGCCUCAGGAGUAGAGCGCAGUAGCUAUACACUGCAUCUGACAAAGCUAUAAAAUGUUGCAGACGGACGAGGAAUUCACCCGACGCGAGACUGCACUUUGAAUUGUUAAAAUACGAAGUACUCUCCUCGACACCUCCAGCCUUGUCGAUCCAUAAUUGUCAAUGGCCCUGUCUGCUCCAACAGCAACAGCCUCCUCCAUUCUCCUCCAGCUGGUCGAAGACUACCACUCCUUCAACCCAGGCGGCGUCCCCGUCCUGCCUUAUCCCACAUAUCUCGACUUCAGCAAACAAGUCCAUCGAGGCCGGCCGUGCGUGUAUCGCCUGGACCCGGACCAACAACCGGCCAGAAAAGCCAGCCAAGUCAAUGGAUCAUCAAGGCUGUCGAAAGUACGCACCGAGUUGGAAUCCAUCCUCUCAAGUCCAGCAUUCUCAUGGACGAGGGAGAGCCUCUGCGCGAAAGUCACGGAGGACGUCGAAGUCGCCGUGACGCCGGACGGGAGGGCGGAUUCAUUGUAUCCUCUUCCUCGAACAUGGGCAUCUCCGAACAACAGCACAGUCGAAACCCACGCCAACCUCGAGACUUCAGACCUCAAUAAUAGCAGAGGCGGAAAACGUGAAGGCCUUGAGGCGGCACAUGAACAAGAACCAGAACAAGAACAAGUCUUCGUCCAACCGGCCACGAUCAACAUGUCGCUGUCCUCGCUCUUCGACAAACUCUGUCGCCCCGUCGCAAACGACAACACAUCGAUACCCAACAACCCCCAAGCGAUCUACUACCUCCAGUCCCAAAACAGCAAUCUGACCACCACCCCGCUCUCACCACUUCUCUCCGACCUCCCACGCAACCUGCCCUUCGCCGCACCGGUCCUCGGCGACCCCGAAGCAAUCAACAUCUGGAUGGGCACGGGCGCGAGCGUGACCAGCACGCACCGCGACCCGUACGAGAAUUUGUACCUCGUGCUCCGCGGGAGGAAGAAGUUUACUCUGUACGCGCCCGUCGAGGAGGUCUGUCUGCAUGCCGACAAAGUCCGCACAGCACACCAGGUGCUCGAACCCGACGGCUCGUUCAACAUCGCCCUCGACACUCAUCAGCCUUCCUCACCCGACGUCGACACCGACACCAGUGAUGCUCAGGCUGAGGAUGGAGCUAAGACUGAUGACAACUGCAUCCCUUGGAUCCCGGUCGACCCUUUGAAUCUACCCACACCUGAUAUCCUGGCGUCAAAGUACCCCUACUACCAAUACUCUCACCCUCUCACUGUGACAGUGUCUGAAGGCGAGAUUCUAUACCUCCCGGCGGGCUGGUUCCACCACGUCAGUCAAGAAUGUGGAGUAUGGGACGAUGGUGAGAAUGCCCCAUGUAUAGCGGUCAAUUACUGGUAUGAUAUGGACUAUGAAGGCGAGAAGUAUGCCAUGCGAGAGAUGUUGGGACGACUGGUCGAGGCAGCACGAAGAGAACAGCAUCAGGAAGAACUGAGUCGGUAGAAAAUCGUCUAUUCUCAAUGUCAUCGAUU